AGGCUCUCUCUCUCUCUCUCUCCCCCCGCGAAGCCAGAAGAAAAUAAACAAACAGCGCCUCCCCGGCACGUGAUACUUGUUUGCAAUUGGAAGAGGAGUCAAACGAUUUUUUUUAUUCUUCAAGUUUCUGUUGCAGAAACGGUCAAGAGUUUUUCAAGAGUUGUUUGGAUUCGUUGAAGAGUGGGAAAGGGAGAAAGGACAUUUUCUGGAGCAUGGUGCGUCAGUGCUGACAUUUUACAAUGUUUGACCACAGGGCAACCAUCGUCAUCAGCCUUUCACUUCUCUUCUACUUCCUAUGGAUGGACGUGGCCCUCUUCUACCAUGUCCACGAGCAACGCCCCCGAACAACGCCCUCCUCCGAUGCCACGCCUCCUUCUUCCUCAAUUCCAUCUGCAACUCAACUCAUCUCCCCAUUCACCGGUCUCUCCGUGAAGAUGAUGAUGAUGGACCCGGUCAAUAACUACAUCUUCACUCCAGCAGCCCACAUUUUCAACGAGGUGACGAAUUUCAGUCAUGUUUUCUACUUCGUCACGCCCAACAUGGUGAGCUUCUUGGGCCUGAUGUUCGCCUUGGGGGCAGGCAAGUGCAUGGCCAUGGAUUCACGGCCAUUCCAUCUGUUGGCUCUGUUCCUGUUCCAGAUGCGAACCUUUUUCGAUGCUCUCGAUGGCAUCGUGGCACGAACAAGAAUGGGAAUGAUUCAACACGUGUCACUGCGCAACACCAGCGGGUACGUCGUAGAUGGCGUGGCUGACGCCAUCGGGUUUGCAGCUUUUCUCAUAGGUUGCUUCCAGGUACUCCGAAGCUCCAUGGCCAAACACAAGUAUUACCUCCCCGUGAGUGCCCAUGAAGUGUGCCGGGAAUGCAAAGAGGGCGUGGCUCUACCAGUCCUAUCUUCCAACUGUACCAGUGUACCGGCGACGAACGGGGGUGCCGGACAGCGCCGUGUAUUCCUGGUCGUUCUAUGCUUUGGCCUGCAGCUAGCCGUUGGUGCCUUCUUUUGGGACCACUACAUCAAUGCCUACCACAACCUGUUGGAAUCAUCCGCACCCACAGAUGCACAGACGAUUGCUCAAAGCGAAGUGCUGAAGUCGUCGAUCACGUGGGUCCUGAUGUGGUUCUGGCGGAUGUCUAAUGCACACACCUUCAUACAGAUGCUUUUAUUCGCCAUAUACAUCAACAAGAUGUGGGAAUUUCUAUGUUGGAUACAAUUUGUGGGUUUUGUACAAGUUUUCACCUUGGCUUUUUUUACGGAAAUGCACCUCUGCACAGUACGAGGAUACAUCCUUAGCCUAUCAUGAAGAGAAAAGGCUUCAGAUCUUCUGUUUUCCAUGUGUACAUAAACUAAAGACAGCCUAAAUUGACUAUCAAAAGAAGACUUGCGGAUAGCUCAAGAAAUCAGAACUUGUACAUAGAUGUCGACAUUUUAUAUGCUUCACAAUGAAAAUACUUUAUUUUUAUGUGUUUGAAUUUUUUCAGGGAAAUAGAAAAUACGUGAAAA